AUGGACCGUCUACUUGGGUUGAUGUCCAAAGAUGAUUGGAUAUAUACCGGAAUCCUUCUCACAUCUUUUGCAACUGCUUAUUUCAUCAAAACAAAGGAAAACAAUAUUCUUUUGGGAGGAGCAAUAGGGUUUGGAAUGGUUUUAUUAAUACUUCGAGCUCGCAUUGUCUACUCAAUUAUUGGAAUUGUUUUUGUGCUCAUUGUGCAACAAUAUGCUCCAAAAAAGCACCAAACCUUGGUUGUAUUUAUUGGCACGUUUGUAUACUUGAUGAUUGUGCGAUUCAUCCACUUCAUACUUCCUGUUGAUGAAGUUCUUAGUCACGCCAACGUCGUUCAGCUGAUAAUUACACUUCGGGUGAUUGGACUCACAUUCGAAAUUUCGGAUGCGCAAUAUAAUGCCAAAUUAGUCGAAGGGUCUGUUGAAGAUGAGAAAAAGAAAAAAAGAUAUCUUACACAACUACCAAAUCUUUUGGAAAAACUUGCAUAUUUCUACCAUUUCUGCGGAUUGUUCACAGGACCUUAUUAUACCUAUCAAAUGUUACUUGAUUCCCAAAAUCCAAUUCUCAAAUCUUGGAGUUCAAAGAAUGAAGUAAUGAAGCGAGUGAAGCGACUUUUAUGGUCCGUACCAGUGUUCAUAAUUGCCAAUCGCCUGUGCCCCCUUGAUACCAUUCGAUCUGACGACGUUUGGAACGUGAGCAUAUGGAUACGCUUUAUAUAUGCUGCUGCAAUCUUUCUUGUUUUCCGCGCUAGAGUUUAUAGCGCUUGGGCCAUUGCUGAAUCUAUUUGUGUUGUUCUCGGAAUAGGAAUAUAUCCAGUAGAAAGCAAACCAAGAAUCAUUGUGGGCCCAACUGAUCUAGAGAAGUUCAAUGAGCUUCAAAAAAAGGAAAAUGUCGAAAUGGAUAGCGAAGCAAUUGUCAAUUUGAAUAUUCCCGAGGUGGAAUUCUCAAAUGGCUUCAGAGAUGGUAUGAAAGCAUGGAAUCGAUCUGUUCAGACAUGGUUGGCCAUAUACGUUCAUUCUAGAGUCAAAUUUAUGAGAGUUGAACUGACUAUGCUGGUCUCUGCGCUAUGGCAUGGUGUUUACGCUGGAUAUUUCAUGUCGUUUGGAGUUGUUGCAAUGUGUGCGAAACUCGAGGAUGUCAUUUUCCGACUUGUUCCAGUUAAUCCUGCAACCGGAAAACGUCCGGCUUGGUUCAGAUAUCUUUAUAUUCACACCAUCCGAUGUAGAGGAUUCGAAAUGCUAGCUACUGGUUUCUUAUUAAAGCAUGGUGCUGACGUUCAUAGAUUCUGGUCUUCACUGUACUAUUGGCUCCCGAUUGUAUGCAUCCCGUUUUAUAUUUACGAUCUAAUGCAUCCCGCUCCACGAAAACCGAAAACGAACUGA